UACUUUCUACUGAUGAAACGGUCACCAUGGCCUCCGCCAGCAAGAGGCAAGCGUCGUUGGCCGCCACCAAUCGCGAGACAUUUUGGAAUAGCAUCAGUAAAGCCACAAAUGACGAACUCGGGCCUAGAUUUGAACGGAUUUUGGUGUCUGUUAUACUGUAUUGUCUAUAUCAUGAACGAAACUGCCUGUUCUUCUCUCCUCAUUCUGUUCUCGGCAUCUCUUUCGACUUUCAAUUCCAAUUUCACUUACUACAGCUUGAACAAUGGGUGAAAGAGCUCCGUCGAUUGCUCCUUCUGUCGCGUCUUCCACACCAUCCAGCAGUUGGAAAGGAUGGUUGUGGGAUUCUGCUGAUGUCUCGAAAGAGGAAAGAAGAUUUCUCUUAAAACUGGAUUUCACCCUUUUGACAUUUGGAACACUUGGAAUGUUGAUCAAAUGGAUCGAUACCUCCAAUAUCACGAAUGCGUUCGUCUCUGGAAUGAAGGAAGACCUCAAUCUAUAUGGGAACCAGUAUAACUAUAUUGUCGUUGCAUGGACUGUGGGCUACAUCAUUGGGCAAUGGCCAUCCAACUUCAUCUUGACUCGAGUCCCUGCUCACAUUUGGAUCCCCUUCCUCGAGAUUGGUUGGACAAUCUUCACCUUCAGCCUUGCUGGCGCAAAGUCAUACUCGGCGAUGCUGGGUAUUCGGUUUGUCGUCGGUCUCUUCGAAGCAGGUUACUGGCCCGCUCUAUACUAUAUCCUCGGCAGCUGGUACAAUAAACGUGAACUUGCAAAGCGCAACGGUAUCUUGCAAUCGGCAGUAUCAAUUGCUCCAAUUUUCAGUGGCUUCUUGCAAGCUGGAAUCUACAAAUCGCUCAAUGGUCAUGCUGGACUAGCUGGAUGGAGGUGGCUAUUCGUCAUCAACGGUAUCAUCUCACUACCAAUUGCCAUCCUUGCUUACUUCUGCUUGCCCGACACCCCCGGCACUGCGAAGCCGAAUUGGUUGUUUUCCGAACGUGAAAUUGAACUUGCCAGGGAGAGAAUGGCGAGAGUUGGCCGUACCCCUGAGGGCAAGCCUUAUUCCGCCAAAGUCAUCCUCAGCUACUUCCUCAGCUGGAAGACGGUGCUCUUCACGCUCAUAUUCACGAUGCAACCGUUUGGAAGUCAGCCAUUCACUGCGUUUGUCUUCUGGCUCAAAGCACACAACAAGAAGGGCCAACCUGCCGUCUACAGUGUCGCCCAAAUCAAUGAGUAUCCGACAAUUGGCAACGCCUUUACUUGCGCGUACUCUCUGGUUGCAGUCUGGGUUUCCGAUGGACCUUUGAGAGGCCGGCGCUGGCCGAUCAUCAUCUUCUCGAACCUCAUCGCCAUUGUCGUCUUCGUGCUACUCGCUGUAACACCUGUGUUCGGCCCGUUCUCUCAUCGAGCACCUUUGUAUAUCGUGUCAUCGAUUGGAGGAAGCAUGGUCCCACUGACCAUGGCCUGGAUGGCAGAGUUGAUCUCGGACAAUGCUGAGCAAAGAGCCUUUACUGCCGCCGCCAUGAACACUCUUCAAUAUACCUUCACUGCGUGGAUACCUCUCGUUUGGUUUCAACAGGUCCACCAGCCUAACGUCACGGCUGGUAACAGAGCAGCUGCAGUAGUGGCCGGCUUCAACGUGAUUGUGUUCGCGACUAUUGCCGUGCUGGCCCAUCGGGAGAAGCUACAAAAGAAACAGAACCACGAACUUGCACCGCCUCCUACUCCAUCGGAUCUACCUUCGCCCAUCAUCUCCGACGGCGACGAGAAGAAGGUGCAUUUGGGUGUCAAUACAGUCGAGAUUUGAGAUAUACCACGUUGCAGCUUGCCCGCAGGCUAGGAUAAAAGACAAGUUCGAGGAGGGGACGAUGCAGAGAGAGUAGUGGUAAGGGACAGGGAGUUGAUGAGAUUGUAUGGGGGUUGGGCG